AUGUCCAGAGUACCGCCGUUUCCGACGAGUCGUCGCAGGUCACCGUCCAACGCAAAUCGUCCAAUCUCGCCGCCAAUAUCUGCACCAGGCUAUUCAAACACACGGCCUCUGCACAUUCCUCGAUCAUCGACACCCACCAACAGCAACGGCCCAUAUGUUUCGGGCUCGCCGCAACAGUAUGGCCUUCCACCAAACAGUGCACCCCUAGGCCCGUCGAGGCCACAGCGAUCAGAGCUGCGCGCAAGAGCAUCCGAUUACUCGUCUGACCGAGGCUCGGUCGUCUCAUCGGACGUGUACCGUGAAAGUAUGGCCGAGUCUGAAGCUUACAAUGUCAACCCAGCUCCCCCUUCACGAAGCAGAACACCUCGACAAGCAACUAGCCCGUAUUCUGCAAAUGGUGACAAUACAACGCCGACAUCGCUAAACUCUGCCCUGUCUGCAUUCAAGUCGGCCGUUGCUCGCAAGAAGACGCUCGAGUCGGACGAUGCAGAGUACUGGUCCAGGGAGCGAGAGAGAGAAAUCGAAGAAGAGAAGGCACGCCAACAGCGUAUUCGGGACAGGGUACCUGGCUUGAAUGUGGUCAAAGGAAAGAAGAGGGCAGGCGAAAUCGACGCUGUCCUGGAUCAAGUGAAAGAUGGAUGGGAGUUUGUUAUCGAUCCUGAAUUCAGUAAUGUGGAACUGGCGCUACAACUACUCGACCAAUCUGCGCUCGGAAAGGACAUGGAUUCUUUCAGGAACACUAAGCAGAUGCUUUCAAAGGCGUUGAAAGGGUCCGUAGAUAAACACUACCAGGCUUUCGCGGCCUCUCUUCCUCACCACGCGUCCCUCCUCAACCACCUUAACGACACCCAGCAACAGAUAUCACUGGCGAGAUCAGCAUUGACCGAAACCAAAGAUGCUCUGGGUAGCAAACGAACAGAUCUCGUCCAACUAUGGAACAGAGGCCAGGUGCUUGAAGAGAUGCUGCGCAUACUCGACCAAAUAGAAUACCUUAAAACGGUCCCCGAUUUGCUCGAGACUUUAAUGUCAGAAAAACGCCUAUUGCAAGCAUCCGUGCUGCUGGUCAAGAGCUUGAAGAUAAUUAACAACAGCGACAUGCAAGAAAUUGGGGCAGUUUCUGAUCUGCGAAGUUACCUUGUGGGCCAAGAAUCGGCUCUACGUGACAUCCUGGUUGACGAGCUGCAAAGCCAUCUAUAUCUCAAGUCGUUCUGGUGCGAGUCCAGGUGGGCUGCUUAUACUCCCAAUCAGCAAACACUGCCCAAAUGUGACGGUGACGGUGAUGAGCAAGUCCCAACGGAAGACCCAGCUUCUCCCACAUCACCCUCUUUCCGACCCUCUCGUUUAACGCGAUUCCUCAACGACCUCGCCCUCCGACCCAAUGAACCCCCGCUAGACGUAGGAGAUGCCUCCAUCAACCCUGGCGAGCGUUUACUCCUGAACACCGGUCCUUUCUCGACAUCCCACACCCAAAUGACAACGAACUCUAAUCCGGAGAGCGAUUCCUUCGCUUACAUGGAAACCCUACUAGAAUCGUUAGCCGUUCUAGGGAAGUUGGGAACUGCUCUGGACAGCAUAUCACAAAGGCUUCCUGGGGAGAUCUACAAUCUUGUGGACGCAACACUUGAUGAGGUUGAAGAACGAGCAGAAUAUGGUCGGAGACGAUCAUUGUUCUCACUACAUGGGAUGGGCACCAAGUCAGAAUCGGCCUUUAUCCUUGCCAAUGGAGGCAAGCUGUCCGAUGUCAAAGGCAAAAUUCCGGCUGCAGCGCUACGCCUUGCCGCAUUGGAAUCGUCAGCAAAACGGAUCGAUCAUGAAAUCCUCAGAGAUCUAUUCUGGACGCUGUAUUCCAAGCUGGAAGCCGUUGCUCAGGGUCUACGGGUCGUCUCCGAGGUCGCAAACCGAAUAGGUUCAAGAAGGGACUACCGUGAUUCGUCGGGGAGCAAGCCCAACUCACUGUUCCCUUUGACCGAGGUCUGGUCCCCGGUUCAGGCAGAGGUUAGACGCCUCAUUUCCGACUAUCUGACCGACGAACAACAAGGCUCCGCAGCAAGUCGCAACCCUAUUACCUCAAUCAACGAAAUUUUGAGAGAGGGCAAAUUCUCCAGGGACAAGAUCAAACCUGUAUUCCGCUUCUCGGAUACGGACGCCAAGUCACUAAUCAAAAUCCUGAAACCUCACGAAGAGGGACUGACUAGGGUUCUGAAAGACACGAUGCCCGGUCUAGCGCCCGCUGGAACUAGUGAUUCAGCAUCGUCCAUCAUAUCAUCCAAUGACGACCAUCUCCUUGGCUCCGACCAGCACCAUCGGCUCUUAAUCCGACCGGAUGCGUUCCACGUUACGAUUUUGUUCCAGCCUACGCUCAGUUUCCUAGAACGGGUGACAGAUAUUCUUCCUGCUGGAGUGGAGUCCGUUCGCACAUCUUCUGCUGUCCUCGAUGAAUUCGUUUUGAAGGUCUACCUUCCGCAACUGGAAGAACAGGUUCUUGACCUGUUCCAUGAAGCAGUCUCCGGUCCUGAUGCAUUCCAACCUGACCCGGUCUCCGCUCAACUCUCUCCCGAGCCUCUGGUGAAGGCUUCCAUGCAAUUGAUGGCUCUUGUUAACUCGCUUUGCGCGAUGCUUCAAACAAGCCCCUUCCAUCGAGAAAGCUACUCUCGACUAAUGCUCGGUGUGGUGAUCCAAUUCUAUCAACGAUGUAGCGAUCGAUUCCAAAUGUUGACAACCACAACAAAUGGGACCGAUGUUGCACUGUCUGCUCAGUGGGCCCAAAGGUCGGAACUGCAGCCGCCUCUAUCUGAACUCCGAAACACCGACGAAGCCUUUGCUUCCACGCAGCAACAAUUGUGCAAGCAGGAAACCAACAUUGAGUUGGAGCUAAUGAGACAGAAGACUAUCACCAAGGCAGACCUGAUCUCAUCCAACAGAAACCUUUCGGCACUGGCCAGCCUUUACCGGAGCGUCGCUUGGUUUACAGCGGAAUUGAACAGCUUAAAGGCGCGACCGGAAGAUGUUCUGUCCCCAAUGAGUCCUGGCACCUUAGAGCCUAUGACUGCAGCGACAGCUGUCACACCUUUCUUGCCCCCUCCACCGACGGACGAUGCAGACCUCAAACUUGCUCUGUCGAAAGAGAUGGCACUACGAUUCCAAGCUCUUCUGAGAACAUAUGACCAGCUAUCCAGUCUCAUCUUGGACACUCUUCGCAUCGAGAUCCGGUGUCGUACGCUUUACUACUUGGACUCGUGCAUGAGACAUGGGAACUAUAGUGCUUCAUAUGAAGCGGCUGAACCUGACUCCCACAUCGUCGACCUGAACACGGAACUCGUGCAAUGCGACGAACUGCUUUCGAUCAGCUUGCCUAAGAAAGCGAGACAAUUUGUGUUCGCGGGGCUCGGUCAGUUAAUGGAGCAUAUGAUGAUCCAUAACGCUAGGCAUCUUCAUCUACCCAACGACUUCGGCAUCAAGAAGGUCCUGCGCAACAUUUCAGCGCUGCAACAGAGUAUCAAGACGCUCAACAGCGAUCAGCAAGAUGCAGACUUCGAACGUGCCAAACGCUACUACUCGAUGUUCUGGAUUUCUCCACAGGAAAUGUUGAACGGCAUCAAAAAGCAACAGCUUUUCAGCUUUGACGAAUACCAAACCAUGCUCAACCUCCAAUGUGGCGUCGUGCCAGGCGAGCCCGGUGAAAAUGCGCCCAAGGCUGCAGACAGGAACUACAGCAUGUAUAUCAUUGAAUUGCACGGCAUGGAGAUUCAAGGUUCAUAGCGCACGAAUCGCACCUUCCAUUAGUCCAGACAUACAUACCCUAAUCUAGUGCUGUUUGACAUUUGGUUUCGCUGUCGUUCACUACCCGUAUUGUAUUGUUAUUUU